AUGGCAAACCUAUUCAAGGAUAUACCGGGUGUCGUAACUUUCCUGGAUGAUGUGUUGAUAGCUACUCGAGAGGACUCAAUAGAAAGGCACCUAUUAACAUUGCAUAAAGUAUUAAGUAGGUUAAAAGAGCACGGAUUAAAAUUAAAAAAAGAAAAGUGCUCAUUUUUUGUCAACAAAGUUAAAUAUUUGGGAUAUAUAAUUGAUAAAGACGGUAUACAUGCAGAUCCGGACGAGGUGACCCCUAUAUUAAAUAUGGCUAUCCCGAGGGAUAUAUCGGAAUUGAGAUCGUUUAUAGGUAUGGUUAAUUUUUACAGCCGUUUCAUUAAGAAUUUAAGUAUGGACUUACAUCCACUUUAUUAUUUGUUAAAAAAAGAUAUUUUAUGGGAGUGGGGUAAACGGCAACAGUACGCAUUCGAUAAAGUAAAACGUAGACUGAGCGAAACGGCUGCGCUGUGUCACUACGAGCCGGAGGCCGCGCUCAUAGUGACCUGCGACGCGAGCGCGCGUGGGCUGGGCGCGGUACUGGCGCAGCGCACUGCCGACGGCGAGCGGCCGGUCAUGUUUGCGUCGCGGGCGCUCACGCCAGCCGAGCUAAACUAUAGUCAGAUUCAGAAAGAAGCCUUGGCCAUAGUGUUCGCUGUUAAGAAAUUUCAUCAAUAUCUGUAUGGUCGCCCGUUUAAAUUGCGAACCGAUCACAAGCCAUUAGUUACUAUUUUUGGACCACAGCACGGUAUACCCAGCAUGACUGCGAGCAGAUUACAACGAUGGGCGCUCAUACUAACCGCUUAUGAUUUUGAUAUUGAAUAUGUCCGUUCUAGUGAAAAUGUGGCUGAUGCCUUGUCUAGAAUGAUAAUGACCUACAAGGAAAUCGGCUCAGGAGACGGGCAGGAGUGUCCAGAACAAACUUAUCUACAUUUCGCAUCUGAGGCACUGUUGCUUGAUUAUAAUCAAUUAAAAAUUGAGACGGCAAGAGACUCGACACUGAGCAGAGUCUUAAGUUACUUAAAAGACGGCUGGCCGUCUGAGGUUGAAAUAAAAGAAUUGAAACCCUUUUUUAAUAGACGUCACGAACUUUAUGAGGAACUGGGUUGUAUAAUGUGGGGCCACAGGGUUGUGAUUCCAAAAGCGUGUACAGAAAGAGUUUUAAACGAAUUGCACGAUGCUCAUAUGGGCAUAAAUAAAAGUAAGCAGUUAGCUCGCAGCUAUGUGUGGUGGCCCGGCGUGGACGAGGCCGUGGAGGCGGUAUGCCGCGCCUGCGAGGUGUGCGCGAGCGUGGCUGAUGCGCCAGAGCGGCAUACACCACGCUCUUGGCCUUGGCCAGAGCGACCUUGGACUCGAUUACAUUUGGAUUUUUUAGGCCCGCUAGAGGGAGCUACUUACCUUGUUACGGUCGAUUCUUACUCUAAGUGGAUAGAAAUAUCAAAAGUUUCCUCUACCUCAGCGAACUGUGUUAUAGGCAUAUUAAGAACAAUGUGGGCACGUUUUGGGAUUCCAAAAAAAAUCGUUAGCGACAAUGGGCCCCCUUUUUCGAGUGCGGAAUUUGCUUCAUUUCUAAAGUAUAAUGGCGUAGAACAUGUAUUCUCAUCACCUUACCAUCCGGCAUCGAAUGGGGCGGCUGAGAAUGCGGUGCGAAUUUGUAAGAGGGUUAUUAAGAAGGCAAACAUACAACGCUUAGACGUCAUUACCGCACUCAAUAGAUACUUGUUAAUUUACCGUAAUACUGAACAUUGCACAACAGGGGAAAGUCCAGCUAAACUUCUCCAGGGGCGUUCAUUGCGUACACGGCUCGAUGUGUUGAAACCGGAGCGGGGUGAACGCGUACGCCGCGAGCAACUGAGGCAAGAAAGUGCCGCGGGAGGCACUAUACGUAGCUUCGAACCGGGAUCGUGUAUAUGGUAUAGAAAUUAUAAGAAGGGAACGGCUAUUUGGUUGAAGGGAAAAAUAGAUAAAAGAUUGGGACAAACAGAUUAUAAUAUCAUUACCACCGAUAAUUCAAUUAUUCAUAGACACGUCGACCAGAUAAGAUCGCGGUCGGUUACCUUAACGGAUACUAGUAGUACGUCUAAAGGAGAUGCGAAGCGAUCAUACUUAAUAUACCCGGGAGAUAUAGUGGCGACAGCUGACGGCGAGGUAACUAGCUCCGACCGGAGCCCGCGGCAUGAGCUCGGGGCGCGGGCGGGCGGCGGCGCGGACGCGGCGACCUCGCCGCAGGCGGGUCCGGCGCUGGCGUCGGACCCCUCCGUUUCGGAGAUACCCAGUCGCAGGCCGCACCGUAACCGUACACCGACUCGCAGAUAUGGCAUUGAAUUCGAUUAG